UCAGUCUGACUGCUGCGUUGGUGUGCGAGCGUCGAGAGCUGCAAUCUGCAAAUGAGUGAGAGUGUCUGCGCACCACCCUGCUGCUUGCACUGCUGCUGCUGCCUGCUGUCGUCGUCGUCGUACUGCCUAUUAUAAUCUUGCAGUUCGCGACGCAUAUAAUUUACAAAAAAAAUUAAAAAAAAAACCCGCGGUUAGUCAACGAGAGCGACGACACACACAAACGCAAGUGGCUGUGGGCUCAGUUCUGCGCGCUGCUCCUUUUUUUUCUCUAUACUUCUCAACACUGUCUCACACACGCAUAUUAUAUAUACUCUCACACAUACUCCCAACUUCUGUUCGCAAACACACACGAACUUCAGUCAGUGCGUGUACCAAGAGUGCCUCGUUUCGUUUCGAGCAAUUUUUUUUCUCGCCACAGUGGAUUGAUACGAACUGUGCGAGCGAGUAGUGUGUGCUCCGAGUGUGAGGCAGGGAAAAAAACGAGGCGUUAAUGGCAGAAGAAAAUGUUUACGGCUACAAUCCGUCAGUCGCUGCCGAUGGAAACGAUGGAGAAGAAGCUACAAACAGGUUAAGGUUGCGAGUUGUUGCUGGUCAUAAUUUAGCCAGGAAAGAUAUUUUUGGAGCAAGUGAUCCUUAUGUUCGAAUUGAGCUAAACAAUGUCAACGGCAAUGAAACUGUGGAUGCUGUACUUACAAAAACGAAGAAAAAAACCCUUAAUCCUAAGUGGGAAGAAGAAUUUAUCUUUAGAGUAAAGCCUAAUGAGCAUAAACUGGUGCUACAAGUAUUUGAUGAGAACAGAUUAACACGUGAUGAUUUCCUUGGAAUGGUUGAGCUAUCACUGCAAAACUUGCCUAAAGAACAAGAUGGUCGAUCUAUUCCAGUUAAACAGUACAUUCUUCGCCCAAGAAACAAUAGUCAGAGAUCAAAGGUUAAGGGUACCCUAGAACUAUAUCAUGCUUACAUAUCAGACUCGAAUGGUGCCAUUGAUAGUGGUGAUAAUGAAGAUCCCUCAGAUUCUGGGGGAUGGGAAUUAUUGGAUCAACCAUCACCAACUUUAGAAACACCUGAAGAGCAAUCAGCUGAAUUAUCAGCACUAGGUCCCUUGCCAGAAGGUUGGGAAGAAAGGCAAGAUGCUAAUGGGAGAACUUAUUAUGUUAAUCAUGUAGCCCGUUUUACGCAGUGGGAGCGACCUACAGCUACAAAUAAUGUACCACUUGGUGUAACUCAAGAACAACGAAACUUGGAUACAGCAGCAACAGAAUUUCAACGACGUUAUCACAUUAGUGCAGAUGAAACGGUUGAUAGGACGGCAGAACGUCUCGCUAAUGUUCAUGUUACACCGGAUGAUGACGCUGCUCGAGUCGAAAAUAUUGAAACAGAGCAAAGGGUGUCUAUUAAUACAUUGAACAAUCCUGUAAAUAGAGCGGAUCUUGAGAACCAGACUGACGAUAAUACGGACAGCCCAACGACAGAUUCAAGGCGACCUUCUGUACAGCGCGACGAUAAUAAUAGGCAAAUAAACGGUGAAGGAUUACCAGCGGGAUGGAGUAUCCAAACUGCACCGAAUGGCCGUGUGUUUUUCAUUGAUCACAACGAACGCGCGACGACAUGGGUCGAUCCACGCACUGGACGACCGAGUUCUAUACCUUGUGCCCUCGCUGUGCCCUCAACCGUACAACCACGAAACGAUAUCGAUUCGGUUGGCCCAUUGCCUGAGGGUUGGGAAGAAAGACUUCAUACGGAUGGAAGAAUAUUUUUCAUCGAUCACAAUACAAGGACCACGCAAUGGGAAGAUCCCCGUUUGCAAAAUCCAAAUAUUGCUGGACCGGCUGUUCCUUACUCGAGAGACUACAAGCGCAAAUAUGAGUAUCUCAAAUCUCAACUGAGAAAACCAACGAACGUACCAAACAAAUUUGAAAUUAAAGUCGGACGCAAUAAUAUACUGGAAGAUUCAUAUCGUAUUAUAAGUUCUGUGAAUAGGGUUGAAAUUCUAAAAACUAAACUUUGGAUUGAAUUUGAAGGAGAAGUGGGUCUUGAUUACGGUGGCCUUGCUCGUGAGUGGUUCUUUUUGUUGUCGAAAGAAAUGUUCAACCCAUAUUAUGGUCUAUUUGAAUAUUCAGCAAUGGAUAACUAUACAUUGCAAAUUAAUCCAUUUUCGGGUGUGUGCAAUGAAGAACAUUUGAAUUAUUUCAAGUUUAUUGGACGCAUUGCAGGCAUGGCUGUGUACCAUGGAAAACUUUUAGAUGCCUUUUUCAUCCGACCAUUUUAUAAAAUGAUGCUCAGUAAGACCAUCGACUUGAAGGACAUGGAGAGCGUGGACUCCGAGUAUUAUAACUCGUUACUUUGGAUUAAAGAAAAUGAUCCAAGCGAACUCGAACUGACAUUCUGUGUCGACGAAGAUUCGUUCGGCCAUACAUCACAACGUGAACUCAAGACUAACGGAGCAAAUAUUCCAGUGACCAAUGAAAAUAAGGAUGAGUACAUCCAACUGGUGAUUCAGUGGCGCUUUGUGUCUAGGGUCCAAGAGCAAAUGAAUGCCUUUUUAGAAGGAUUCAAUGCUUUGGUGCCACUGACACUUGUGAAGAUUUUCGAUGAAAAUGAACUUGAACUCCUCAUGUGUGGUAUUCAGCACAUUGACGUCAAGGAUUGGAAGGCAAAUACGCUUUACAAAGGCGAUUAUCACCCCAAUCAUAUAACCGUCCAAUGGUUCUGGAGAGUAGUAUUGUCAUUCAAUAACGAAAUGCGAUCUAGAUUAUUACAAUUUGUCACGGGCACAUCGAGGGUACCAAUGAAUGGUUUUAAGGAGUUGUAUGGUAGUAAUGGACCACAACUGUUUACAAUUGAAAAAUGGGGCACACCAGACAAUUACCCAAGAGCUCAUACUUGCUUUAACCGCAUUGAUCUACCGCCUUAUGAUAGUUACCCGCAAUUGAGAGAAAAACUUAUCAAGGCAAUUGAAGGCUCGCAAGGAUUUGCAGGGGUGGAUUAGCGCGAGAUUCCUUUUUUUAUGAUGAUACCUGUAAUAUAAUGUAUAUAUGUAAUCGUAUAUGCAGAGUAGAAGCUAAUUUAUUUUAUUUUUUUUCUAUUUCUGUUAUAUUAUUUUACGUUUAUUCUGUGAAAAGCAGUUGAUUAACAGAUAAAAACUCAAAAUCAUGCGCAUUAUAGAUAAUGUAAAAUCUGAUCAAUUGAAAGAAAAAGUUACUGUAAUGCGUGCAUAUUAAUUAGUAUUAAUUAUGUGAAAACGGCAGAGGUUAAACUGUUUGAGCAGCUGUCAGUGAUUAGUAAACUUGUGCAAAUUCCGAUUCUGGUGAAGAAUAACCUUACAAAUUGCAUUUAAAUAUAGACUCGCGAAUAGCGAUGACGACGAAGAUAUUUGAUGAUUGUGCGUCUUAAAUAUCAAAACUUGAUAAUCGACUUAACGUAUAACUGAAUGUUUUUAAGCAUGAAAGUUAACGAUCAUGAGACAUACAAAAGAAAUUAGUGACCAAGAAAGAUAAUCGUUAAAUAUUGAAUACAUGAAUGAAAAAGAAAAUUGCAAGUGAUAUAUUGUCUAAUAUUGAAUAUAAAAGUGCUUCAUAGAUCUAUUGAAUAAUGAAAAAUAAUUGUACAUAUUUUUGUAUUACAAAAGAAUUUCUCUAGUUGACUAUGAUAUUCCAUUUAUCAAGUUUUUUUUGUUCUUUAUUCGCGACGACUUUAGCGCCUCGUAAGUUAUAGUUCUGUUACGUAACGUCGAGGACAUAAUCACACAUACACACAAACAAAUAUAUUUAAUGCUUUUAAUGCAAUUUCUUUAAGUUUUCAAUAUAUGUUAUUAAUAACUAAAUUGUUAAGAAUGAAAACGAACUCUCUUAGAUUUUUAAGUAUGUUAUUGCUCGUCGUGUAAUUGUUAAUCGACUUUAUUGUAUACACUUUAUAGGUUACUAAUGUCCUUUAUCUUAAAAUAUUUAAUUAUUUUCUUUUAUUUUAAAUUAAAAUUCUUUACAAUAGACUUA